AUGUUCACGAGCGCGGAUGGCUUGAGUGCUGCUCGCAGUUCUCUAGGCUUAUCACCACGGACGACUAUAACCAUCGUGUUUGCGUGCACAUUUCUCGCCCAUAGGUUGAUGGUCAUUAUUUACCGCCUUUUCAUUUCUCCCCUAGCGAAAUUCCCGUACCCCAAAGUUGCCGCAGCCACCGGACUCUACGAACAAUACUUCAACGUAGUCCGAAAGGGGAGAUACGUUUUUGAGAUUGAAAGGCUUCACAAUGCGUAUGGUCCCAUUGUGCGAGUCAAUCCACAGGAACUGUCAAUACGCGACGCAGACUUCUACGAUAAAGUCUAUGUCUACGGCAGUGUACGCCUAACCGACAACUAUAACCAUUUCGUGGAUGGCAUCGAUUUUCAACUUGAAGGAUCUCAUUUUUUCACUACACCACACGAUCUACAUCGCGGUCGCCGCAAGCCCCUCGAACCAUACUUCUCGAGACUGGGUGUCGACCGACUUGAGCCCACGAUUCGCGAUCUCGCGGAGAAGGUUGUGAAGAGGUUCGAAGCGCUGAAGGAUACGGACACCGUAGUCCGACUCGAUUAUGUGAUGCUGUGCUAUACUGGCGAUGUCAUCAGCAACGUGUGCUGCGAGAAUCCGACGUCUCUACUGGAUGAUGAGCGAUUCUCUACGGACUGUGCAGAGCAAAUCAGACUCGUUCGAUCGAUUCCGGAAACCAUUCUGCUUCGGAUAGAUCGUAGAAGCCAGCUCUUCAAUGACUGGAAAGACAUGGCCGAAAAGCACAUCCUGGAGGUCAAACGUGAGGAGAACCGUACCGAUGGCACUCCGCUCGUACGCAGGGGAAACCACACCACGCUUUUCCGUCACUUUGUCAAUAGCAAUCUACUAGAGUCCGAAUUUUCGGUUCCGAGGUUGGUAAACGAAGCGCAAGUCCUUCUGGGGGCUAGAACUGCCUGCGUGCUUGAUCUAAUAUGCUACUACAUAUUAGCGGACUCCGACGUUCGAGCCCGAAUGACCGAAGAAUUGGCCGAGGUCAUGGCAGACUGGCCAGGGAAGCGGCCGACAUUGACGCAACUGGAAAAGCUCCCGUACUUUUUAGCGGAUAUAAAAGAAGGACUGCGACUCAGCUAUGGGAUGAUGCGGCGUCUUCCGCGCGUCUCUCCAAAUGUCUCAAUUCAAUGCCGUGAGUGGAGCAUACCUGCUGGAACACCAGUGGAAAUUUCAGCGUACAUGCAGCAUACGAAUCCAGAUGUCUUCCCUGAGCCAUUCCGGUUUCUCCCAGAACGAUGGCUUCCAGGCAACGUUACUCCAGCUAUGAAUCGCAAUUUUGUGCCUUUCUCAAAAGGCUCGCGUAAUUGCCUGGGAAUAAAUCUCACGCAAGCCGAAAUAAGCCACAUUCUAGCCGCUCUCUUUCGAGAGGGCGCCCCUCAGUUUCAGCUAUACCACACCGAUGAGUCGGACGUUGCACUUGUUCACGACUUCAUCGUUCCUCUGCCCAAGAUAGAUUCGAAAGGAAUAUGUGUUAUCUUUCCAUGA